AAAAGAUAAACAGGAAAGAAAUCACUGGCAGUAUUUAUUCAUCUCUAUUCUAAGAUAUUCUACUUCGCCUCACUUUGCAGUUUAGUUUUGAACAAACUCUUUCUCAACAAGGCCGUGGUCUCUGGGUUUGACCCUCUGGAUGCUACCAUCUCCUCCUGUAUUUCCUUUUUUAUUUCUUCUUCUUUUCCUACUAACUUACUCAGAUCAAAUGUAUUAAAAAGGGUUGGUUCAAGCGCUGGAUACUAAACGAAUAACUUAUAUAUGAGAGAAGAUAAGAAGACAUACUCAUAUGGCACUCUUUGUCUCUCCUCAGCUCAGUCAUAUCAUCUCGCUCCUGUGAGUCAUCCCUUUAAGUUAUGAUGUUAAGUGAUCCAGCAUGUCAUCUGUACAUGUCCUGAGCACUCUAACAAAACUUUUUAUGUCGGGGCAGUGGGAGUAUCUGUGAUCCCUCAGGGCCAUCAUUCAAACCCCUUUUUUAUUUUGCAUCGUCUGAUGUUACAGCAGUGGAUUCCAGUCUCUAUCCCCUCAUACUGUCCCUCGUCCGCCCUAUUCUCUAAUCCAUACCCUAAAAAGGAGUGUGGGUUAAGGGUUAGGGUUGGAUUUGGACGUGAUCUCAGGGGUGUGUGUGGGUCACAGAGGGGUAUAUACAGCUCCCCAUAACUGAACCAGGCUGUGGUCUCUGCGAGUGACCCUCUGUGGAUGCUACCGUCUCCUCCUGUAGUCUCUUUUCAUUUCUUCUUCUUCUCCUCCUCCUGACCGGCAUCAUGGCUUACAGACACUCAGGAGGUCCCAGGAGUUAUCUCACCUCCACCAUGACUGAUCGCUUUGACUGCUACUACUGCCGGGACAACCUGCACGGGAAGAAAUAUGUGAAGAAGGACGAAAAGCACGUGUGCACCAAGUGCUUCGAUAAGCUCUGCGCCAACACCUGUGCGGAGUGCAAACGCCCCAUCGGCGCUGACUCCAAGGAGCUGCACCAUAAGAACCGUCACUGGCAUGAGGACUGUUUCCGCUGUGUCAAGUGCUACAAGCCGCUGGCCAGCGAGCCGUUCAACGCCCGGGACGAUGGCAAGAUAAUGUGCGGCAAGUGUGGCUCCCGGGAGGAUGGCAACCGGUGCCAGGCCUGCUACAAGGUGGUCCUGCCCGGAUCCCAGAAUGUGGAGUACAAGAACAAGAUGUGGCACGAGGAAUGCUUCACCUGCUUUGAAUGCAAGCAGCCCAUCCGCACGCAGAGCUUCCUGACCAAAGGGGAAGACAUCUACUGCGCUCCCUGCCACGACAAGAAGUUUGCCAAGAAGUGUUUCCACUGCAAGCAGCCCAUCACCUCUGGAGGGAUCAGCUACCAGGACCAGCCCUGGCACUCGGAGUGUUUCGUGUGCAAAACCUGCCACAAAGGUCUGUCUGGAGCUCGCUUCACUUCCCACGAGAAUGACGUCUACUGCGUGGACUGUUUCAAGACUGAUGUGGCCAAGAAGUGCCAUGGAUGCAAAAACCCAAUCACAGGGUUCGGCCACGGCACCAACGUGGUGAACUAUGAGGGAUUCUCUUGGCACGAGUACUGCUUCAACUGCAAGAAGUGCUGCCUCUCGCUGGCCAACAAGCGCUUUGUGAUCAACGGAGAGCACAUCCACUGCCCCGACUGUGCCAAGAAGGUGUGAGCUGCACAGAGGAUCGUGUUUUAAGUGGAGUUGCGCCAACACUGACAUUUAGACUGUUAAUUUGCAGAAAUAUAACCUUUUUGUUGACAGGCUAUUACGGCCUCAAAUGAACAUAAAUGUUAUUCUGUUUGUGAUUUAGCAAACAAAUGUCAAAUUGGUGAAACUUCUCUUUGUGAGGUUGGCAGACGAUAAAGGUUAUUUCAACUAAUUAUGCACUAGCUUGAGUCAUUUAUCUACUCAUACAUUAUGCAACUUGUUUCAGUGUUGGAUACUAACAUGGCAACAGAGUUUCUUUUGUGGGAUUGUGAUGUGCACUAUUAGUCUAAUCUAAUCCGGGAUUCUGUGUAGUUUUAUGAGACAAAAGCUUUUUCACUGCUUUACUGGAAUAUUUCAGAGAGAAUAAUAUGCUUUGACAUGCAUACCACUGCUCAUACAUAUAGCUUUGAUUACUAAUCUGUUACAUGUAUCUUCCAAUGGAUUAUCAGAAGAACCCAAAUCCAAAAUGAGGUCUUUGACUUUUAUGCUGAAAUAUAAACAGCUUGUGUAUUCAAGACUUUGACUGAAAUGUUAAAUGUUAAACAAUAAUAAAAGGAAAGAAUGAU